GGUGAUUCAUGGGGAUGCUGAGAACUGGUGGGAGGGAGAGAGGCUGAGGUCCCCCUGGCUGGCGUAGGGAUUAUAUAUCAUAUGAGAGGGAAAAGUCCGCUGAUGCUGCCUAGGGGGCACUUCAGAGCAGGCAGCGGAGACGGGAAAUUUGCACAAGGUCUGGCAGGCAAAGAGGGGGGAAGACAAAGAGAAGGCAGCUAGCGGGGAGGGCAAGGGGGCUGCGAAUCCCAUGAAUUGAGGCCGGGAGGAAAGGCGCCCUCCUCGCAGCCAGCCCCCUGCAGGAUCUGGAGGGAGAGUGGAGGCUGAGCCGAUCCGAUCGGGCGGACAAAGAAACGCGGGUCGCUCAUGGGGAAAGGCGGGGAACAAGGCGAGGAGUGCGCCGAGCGGGAGGCGCACAUCCCGGCGUACACCUGGGAGGAGAUCCAGAAGCACAAUCUGCGCACCGACAAGUGGCUGGUGAUCGAGCGGAAGGUGUACAAUAUCACCCAGUGGGUCAAACGGCAUCCCGGGGGGCUGCGCGUGAUCAGCCACUACGCCGGCGAAGAUGCCACGGACGCAUUUCAGGCCUUUCACCCUGACCUCACCUUUGUGCGGAAGUUUCUUAAACCAUUAUUGAUUGGAGAACUUGCUCCAGGAGAACCCAGUCAAGACAGAGGCAAGAAUGCCCAGUUGGUGGAAGAUUUCCGUGCCUUGAGGAAGACAGCAGAGGACAUGAACCUAUUCAAAGCCAACCCUAUGUUUUUUUCCCUUUAUUUGGGUCAUAUCAUUGUGAUGGAGGCUCUGGCUUGGUUAAUGGUUUCAUACUGUGGUACUGGGUGGAGCACAACCUUCCUCCUUUCCAUCAUCCUUGCAGUCUCUCAGGCCCAGGCUGGAUGGCUGCAACAUGACUUUGGACAUCUGUCUGUAUUUAAGAAGUCUGUAUGGAACCAUAUAGUCCAUAAGUUUGUGAUUGGUCACUUGAAAGGUGCCUCAGCAAACUGGUGGAAUCACCGGCACUUCCAGCACCAUGCUAAGCCAAACAUCUUCAAGAAAGACCCAGAUGUGAACAUGCUGCAUCUCUUCGUCCUGGGAGAUUCGCAGCCAGUUGAGUAUGGAAAGAAGAAGCUGAAACACUUCCCUUAUAACCAUCAGCAUGAAUACUUCUUUUUUGUUUUCCCACCUCUCCUCAUUCCAGUUUACUUCCAAAUGCAAAUCUUCAUGACCAUGUUCAGACAAAAAUUCUGGGUGGACCUGGCUUGGGCCUUCAGUUAUUAUAUACGCUACUUUGUCACAUACAUCCCAUUCUAUGGAGUUCUGGGAUCUUUGUGUCUCCUCACCUUUGUCAGGUUUAUGGAAAGUCACUGGUUUGUUUGGGUCACACAGAUGAAUCACAUCCCAAUGGAAAUUGACAAUGAGAAGCACAGAGACUGGCUCAGCGCUCAGUUGGCAGCUACAUGCAAUAUUGAGCAGUCAUUUUUCAAUGACUGGUUCAGUGGGCACCUGAACUUUCAGAUAGAACAUCACUUGUUUCCCACAAUGCCACGCCACAACUACUACAAGAUAGCACCACUGGUGAAGUCACUGUGUGCCAAGUAUGAGGUCCCUUAUGAAGAAAAGCCCCUUCUGAAAGCAUUCGUAGACAUUGUUGGAUCCCUAAAGAAAUCUGGAGCACUCUGGUUGGAUGCAUACCUCCAUAAAUGAAGCUGGAUUUCUGUGAGGGGGGAGGUCUUAGCAGAGGGGAGGGAUGGGAUGUCACAUGUGUAUUCUUAUUGUCCAAUUUCAGUCUGUAUCUGUGUACACAGUUGGAGGGGAGUUCCCUGUGUUGUGAAACUGAUGCUGGGGUGGGUUGAAGGGGACCAAAAGAGGUUUUAAGAUAUGUCAGGUACUGUCUUUAGAGAGUGGAUUGAAAAUGCUGGUCUUAACACAUAGCAGCCAAACAUUGGCCCAGUAGGUUGGGGUGUUCUGUUUAGGGUGGGGGAAUGAAGGAGCAAGUGGGUGCAGAUACCCUCUUGUUCCUCCUCCUGAGACUCCCUACCAUAGUCCCAUCCCAGUCUUUCAGGCAGUCUUUCAUGCACAGAUACAAUUAAAAAAACAACCAAGCAGGGCAGCUUCUGCAUCUGUUGAAGCUACCAGAAGAAGAAGAAGAAGAAUGAACCCAACUGGCUCUUUCAAAUAAUAAACAGCUUAGGUCCCAUGCCCCUUAAUAAUGCUGGUAACAAGAGGGGAAGAGCCAAGGCAAGAUACGUUUAAUAGUAAUAAUAAUAUUUAUUACCUGUGAACCACCUAAAGAAAGUCCUUGAUGCUAUACAAAACACACACACCAAGACAGGCCCUACUCAAUCUAACUGAGACAAAAUGUCAGGAGGAAAAGCAAAAAGGUUCCAAUAACUGACUGUAUCACCAACCAUUCAAGGGAGGAUUCUCGUGGAGAAUUCUCUGCUCUCCGAAAGGUGGAUACAAAAGCACACCUGCAAGCAGUAAAUCUUUAACUACUUUGCUCAGAGUCCUGCUGCGGCUUUGCGUGUGUGUGUGUUUCCUGACUUCUUUCUCUCUCUGAUUUGUUCAUUCACUGAACAAAACUACAUACACUUAUUCUUCUUUGCACUGAACUUUCUGCAGAGCAAUUCCCAUUAUCUCCUGUGGGGCUAUACAAAUUUGUGCAAUGCUCAUUCACCCUGGAUCACUCACCCUGGUACAAAUAGGAGUAGUGUGUGUGUAAGCAGGCUUUCACAUUUGUAUUGCUAACUGGAUAGGGAAUCAUGCUGGAUAGGCAUGGCUGCUGCGUAUGUGAUUCACCAGCCUGGAGUUGUGUAUGCAGCUCCAGUUAGAUACUCUGAAUAGUGACAGCUAGGAUGUUUAGGAUGGCAAGCAAAGGACUGCAUUUAGUUCUCCCCCACUCUCCCUGCCUGAACAGCUAUUCACAAUCUUUGGUCAGGGCGGUGCAUACAUAGGUAUGGAUAGGGGCCACUGAGUGUAAGUUGGGGGCCCAUUGUCUGUAUCCCCAUUUUAUAAGGGCCUGAAAUGAAUCAGGACAGUAAGUUAACUCUGUUACAGAGAGGGACUUGUUUUGAAGAUUGAGACUUAAUUCCAGAUCCAUUAACAGUGACAAGAUUCUUAUAAUUCAUGUAUGGUAUUACUAUACAGAGUUCAGAUCAACCACUUUGAUGACUUUCCUUUCCAUCUUUUUUUUGACCUUGCCUAGCUCACUCUCUCUUUUACUGAUUGUGUAGGGCUUUAGGAACCGUGCCUUUCACUGUCCAUGCAAAAGGCUCAAAGACUAAGAACAGGGGAAAAAUGUUACCUGGCAAUACUGCAGUCAUAUUUACCCAACUGCAUAUCACGCUGGGUCUCUCCAUACAUCUCCACAGAAAUGACGGAGUAUCCCAGGAAAGUGUUUUUAAAAGUGCAACUUUUAAAGGAUGCAUUUACUACUCAUUAAGGGCAAAUCAGCAAGAAAAAAGCUGAAUAAUGCUGCUGGCUAUAUGAAUGACACCUUGCUGUUGCUGUAUUGAAGUCUCUGUAGAUUCCUCCUUUGUAUGAACAUGCCCCAACCCUGAAUGUACAGAAGCUGGAGGAAAAGCUCAGUGAAAUGUUUUCUAUGAAAAGCAACUGCUGCUUUGCCAUCUCUGGUCCCAAGUCAGUAAUGCAUGCCAUUCAGAAAAAAGCAUUUUAUUUCUAAUGAGAAAUUCCACAGAUGUUUAAAAGAUACUUUUCUUCAUCUGUUUUCUCUGAUCUCAUAUUGGCAGCAUGGCAGCUCAAGCAGUAGGCAGUCAUGAGCGCCUGUCAAUGGUUUGCAAGACGUGUGGAGGUUAUUCACACGCGUGUGCAAAAUCGGGCUAAGGAAGCCCUGCCUGGUUUUGCAUGUGUGUGUGGACCACCAGGAUCGGGCCCAAUAUCGGUGUCACUGCAGUGUCAAACACACCUAUGAAGCCUCCUAAAACACAGUUAGGAGAGCGAGCACUCUCCUAACCUCGUUUUUUUCUAUCGUCUGUCAGCCACAGCUGCUUGUAGUUAGUUAUUCGAUUGUAGCCACAGACUGCUGACAGAUUGCAGAGAUCUUAGGGAGGGGGGUCCCCGUAACGCACUGCACGGUUCAUUUUGGAAUUUCUGGGGGCCGGGGCAACACAUCCCAGCUCUCCCUGCUGCUUGGGCCAGUGGGGAAUCAUGUGGGCAUGCAGGGAGUGUGCCCAGUAAUGGGGGAGCAAUCAUCUGCUGUAAGUUUAACCAGCCUUCCCUACAGCCCGCCCUCAAGCCCUUCUCACUCCUCAUGAGAAAGGACUCUUAGCUUACCUGACAAAGUUUCCCAAAACCACAGAAAGAUAGAAGUGACUGUACUGGGCUAGGCCCUUCCUCCAUCUGGUUGUCUUUCUAUUGCAUACAAGGCAAUAUAUAGAACAAGUUGUUGCCAUGAAGGACCCCCCUUUUAGUCCUAACUGAGAGAAGUUUAAUCUUCCUUUCUUCCCUCCAGUCUUCUGCAUCACACGCUGUUAAAACAUCUGGAUUCUUUUGUGGGCAUCAAUAUUAUUUCCUCUUUCUGGGAGUCUUGCUGCUAUUUUUUUUUAAUCCCAAACUUAAGGUGUUUCCAUACAUGAGGCUUAACUGCCUUUGACUCUCUCUUGCACUGUUUUUAUUGACAUCUGAUUGUUGUUCAUCCAGAAGAGAUGUAAUACAAAUUAGCAUAUUGGCUAUACAUUCUCAUUAUGAAACAAAUGACAUCAAAAAAACACAUGUGAAUCAUGUUCUGCAUCAUUGCCACAACCCAAACCUAGGUCAUGUAAAAGAAUAUUUUGUCAGGCCAAUUUUGAAAUGCAGAAGGAACAAGUAGUUGACUGAGGUAUCCUUCUUUGCCUCUUAUGGGAUGGCUUUAACCAGCUUUCAGAGGAGUGCGCACAUCAUUUGUGAGAGCAAGCCCCUUAUCUAUGGAGAUUCCCAGCCUUUCAAUAUAAAUUAUUUGAUAUAAGUGAUCACAGACCACCAAUUUCGGUGACUGGUGACUGGAAAGUAUAUACCCAGCUAUCACAGAAUUUGCUAUGGUUUAUAUCUGUGGUUGCCCAGAUCACACAUAGCAGAAUGAUUAGACUGUUGGACUUGGCUUGGGAGAAAUCUGCAUUCGGAUCCCCACUCCACUGUGAAUCUCACUGGGUGUCCUUGGGCCAGUCUCAAUCUCUCAGCCUAAUUUAUCUUCCAGGGUUAUCAAGGGUUGUGGGGGGAACUGGAAUGAUCCCAAGUAUACUACUGUGAGCCCUUUUGAGAAAGGACCACAUGCAAAUGUACUACUGUUAUGUGAACAUGCUUCUGGGAAAUGCUAGGACUACUUAUGUGGCAAGAACAAUAUUCUGAGAGUCAGAUUUAACAUAUUGCAGUAGUUAGAUGUGUAUAUGAGAAAUGGAGCACAGAAUGUUUGUGACCUUUUCCAUAGUAUAUGAGACUAUAUUCUCCUCUGACUUCCAAAACUACAAAGAGUAUUGUUCAUCAGUUCAUACUACUAAUACCCAGAUUCAAGGCUCAGUGGACCAUGAGUGGAAAGGCACCAUUCUGCACACUAGGGAUGUGCAAACAGGUUUGGUAUUGAACCCAUUCGACGUCAAGCAGGGCUGAUUCGGUGGUUUGAUACUGAACUGGCCCCUGUUUGGCCUGAUCAUGGAUCGAACAACCCCUGGUUUGGGUUUGGGGGUUUGUUUUUGUUUUUGUUUUACUUUUUUACUUAAAAAAAAGAAAAGAAAUAUAAUUCGUUGCCGCUACUCUGGGGGCUUGUCAGCGAGGGGUGUUUCCAGAUGUUCCCCUCCCCACGCCAGGCUUCAUUCAGUUGCAAAAAGCCUGGCUCAGGCAGUGUUCGGCCCAUUCUGGACAUCACCUCCAUGACAACAGCCAUUUUGGAGGCCACCACGCAUGUCCAAUGGGCCUCUGUGUGGCCAGGUCAUGACCCAGAUCUAGUUCAAGUCUGGUCUGGACUCGAACCAGACAAUCCAGUUUUGUGCACACUCCCAAUACAAUGAGAUUUGGAUUUGCCCUUACUGACUAGACAUUAACAAACAAGCUUGCAAUUGGAGAAGCUCUUGCUCAUGCCUAUUACAGUGCCUCUGGACUAUUUAGCAGGUAAUAUAAAUCUUGCUUGUCACUGCAUACAUAACUACCACAGUAGUAGCCCUGGACCACUUUCCAUAUUUUGUAACCUUGGACAACAUAGGAAAAAAGUUAACACGACAUUGUGGGUAACACAAUUACAUAUUGCCUUAAUCUCUCUGGACAUGACUAGGCCAAAGUCAAGCACUUUUUAGAUCCCAUUGAUUUAAAUGUGAGAUUUGAGCACAUAGUUAACUAUCCCAUUGAAAUCCAUGGGACUUGUACAACUGCUUACAUUUGGCUGAGUUGUGUGCCUCCGCCUCUUUCUGGUUCUGUGAAUGUAUUUCACUUUCUCUGCUCCAGCAGGAAUGAGCACCAAAAAAAAAAAAAAAGUACUGUAGCAUCUCCUAUGCAAUUUUCCAAGCAGACAGCUCACGUGAUCUGAAGUCUUCUAAUUUUUGUGUGUAUUGUUCUACCAACCAACCUUUUGGUUCCAGAACAAAUUCUUUCUACUGUCAUUGCAACUCUCUACCAAGUUUUACCCCACCCCAGGCACCCAAUUUCCUUGCAUUCCAUCUUGUUUGGAUGUUUUCUAUUUGCUUAACAAUGCCAGAGGAGCCCCAGAAAGCUGGGGAUUCAGUCAACUCUUCUCAAGUCUGUAGCCUUAUUCUCAUCAGUAUAUGGGAAGAUUUAGUGUGUUAUUGAAAUUAUAUCAAAAGGAGACCCUGCAUUGACGUUGCCUCUAGGAAAUGAGAGCUGCGUCUUCUGAUACCGAUAGAUGAGCAUUAUUAUUUAGAGCAAAGAAUAAUGUUGCUGGGACAAUCCACAGAAAUUGGGGCCAGUAUGCAGCUGUACAGAGCAAUUUUAAUUGGGGGCGGGUGGUAAAAAUCCCAAGCCCCAGAGGGAAUAAUAUGGGAACAAGAAGGGACCUCAAGAGAUGCUCUUCCUCCCUCAUGUAAGACACACAAAACAGCUGACCAGAUAUAUGUUUUUGUUUGGGUUGGGGGAAGAAUUGAUUAAUUGAAAUAAAUGUUAGCUUUUGCAUUUGGGAGAAAUCCUGAGAAUUCUGUUUCUUUGCUCUUGUUGGAAGUCAGCUUUCCCCACAUCCCAGGAGGUCAUAUCACUGAUUCUGUGGUCAUAAACAGGUGCAUAAAUAGGUUCACCCAAUGCUGGGAAUCCUAUGUUUACUUUUCUAACAAAUUUGCCGCUCAGACUAAUCCCAAUGAAGUGAUGCUCAAAAAUUGUGUGUUUAUUCUGGAUUAAGCAGUCUUGCAAAAUAGCAUGCUUGCCCAUGCUCACCCAUAGGUAUGGAAACUAUUUGAGACAAAUAGGUAUAUUUUGUCAUAUCCUAUGAAAUGUCAACCUCUGCUUCAUUAAUUUCAAAGUCUUCCAUUUGGACAAAGGUGUGCUCUUUUGAGUCAGAAAUACAGAUGGGAAAUGUCCCUGUAUAGUAUGGAAUGUUAGAAUGGAUCAAAGUUCAUUCCUGGUUAAUGAAGCCAAGACAGAACUGUGUAUACUAAUUUGAUGUUGAUAUUCUAAAAAGGUAUCCUGAGUGAGAUUUCCCAAUAUUAUUGGACUCCUGUGGUUCUGGACUUGUUCAAGGCUAUAGAAUAAAAGCAAAGUCAAUAUUCUCACAUGGUUUGGCCAUUAACCAGGCAAAAAUAAGCAAUUAUAGCUGAGUUGGAUGUUGUAUUUGUUAACGCAAAUCUGCACUGAGACUACUUCAUGGCAAAAAACAUGCCUGAAAAUAAUUCAUCCCUUCUCUGUCUUAUGUGCUAGUCAAGGUAUAUCAUAGCAAUAUCUUGAAUACUUUACUUUUAAAAAAUUUGUUUUAGUGGGGGAUAAUUAUUAAAUGGGUAGAGAAUGCCACAAUCCUGCCAGUUUGUUAAACAAUUGGAUAUGCAAGUCCUAUUAGCAAAAAGGAGCACAUUUUCUAAGAAUCGUUGGUUCUCUAGCUGUUGGAGGGUUCAAAUGUCAAUUGGAAGCAAGCUGGAACUCCUGGGCAGAAGGGUCAAAGAAUGUGUGAGGUGAAAAUGGGGCUAAAUAAGAAAUUAAGAGCAUGUGGGAGGCAACAGUGUUAGAAGUGUAAGGUGAAUGAGAAGGAAAACAGAGAGAGAGAGAGAGACAUGUGAGAGAAACCAGACAGAAAAACAGCUAAGAACCAACUGCUGCUUCAUAUUCUUGCUGAGCCAGUUGAAAGAGAUGUAGAUUGUGAAUAAUGUUACAAUGAUGUACGAAAGAAAAAGAGAUGACACAUUCUCAGAAAAUGUCAGUUGCAUCUCCUACUUGCUCUGGCCUAGAUCCAGAGAUCCUCUGGUGUAGGAGCAGACUGUAUGCCCACUCCUACCACUGAACAGAUGAUCAGCUCUGUCAGCCCAAAUUCCACCCUCCACUUCCCAAACAGACGAUCAGCACUGUCAGAGCUGCACACCAACGUUAGUCAAGUAAAAGAAAGCUCUUGCUGACUCUGAGAGUCAGUUCAAAAGCUUCAUUAAAAAUGUGGCUUAGUCCUGUCAAGAUUGCAUCUCCUCAGAAUGCAUGUGUGCAUGCUUUCCACAUUUAAAAAAGAAUCUUGCACAUGGAAAGUUAGCACAGCAAGGAUAAAGUUUUCCACGUGCAGCAAUUUCUUUUUUUCUUUAAUCAUAUCUGAAAAUAUAUAAGAAAACAUAAACAACUCCAGUAUCGUAGUCUAUUUGCAUUGAUCUUGUAAAUUCUUAGAUAAGAGCAUUUGGCUAAAAGUGUGAUAAUUGAAAUCAGGAGGAGUUUGCAGGCUGCAAGCAGCACGUUAUAAAUGGUUUUCAUGGGUUUCAGCUCCAACUCUUGGAUACCAAAUUUUCAUACAAACAUCAGCUUUUAGUUGAUACACACCAAUUUUUGAAGCAUCUGCAUUAGCAGAUUCUGAGAUGGGUGCUGAAUAUUAAAAUUAGUUUUGGCCACUAAUGUUCAGAAAUAGUUAAGUUUUAAAUCUUCAAAUGCUCUACAAAAGUAAGAGCUCUCUUUUCUGUACCACUUAGCAAUCCCAUUUUGGAGAUGGGCAGCUGUUUCUCUGAGAGGUACUCUAUCAAAUUCCUUAAACCUACAGUGUGGUCUAGUGGUAGUUUAAGAGGGCUUUAUUACACACAAAAGCUCCAAAUUGUAUCAGUCCUUAAUUAAACUUUUUUAAAAGAAAUCAGAUUACCUAUUUUUAGUGUCUUUACUGUUCAAUAAAAGCAUAGCUGUUUGUUGUAUAUAAAAA